AGGAAUACUAAAAGUAAAUAAUAUGGAGUUCGUUGCCCCCACAUCUAAUCUCUUGGAGAUUACUAAACCAGGAGAGUUGAAAAAUGCAGUUGUCACUGAGUUGAAGUCAAGAAUCAGUUAUCAGAGCGAGAAGUACGAUAAUCUUAGCCUUGCCACUCCAAUCUUGAAGCCGGUGAGAAGUAAAAUUGAUAUACCUUCACUAGAGGAUUUCCCAGCCCCUGCUAUACCAGUGGACUGUAGUCCUUUGUGUAAGGUCGGCACUGAGAAUAGAGUUGAAAACUUCCGUCUAUCACCCAAUGUCGGAUGCAAACUUGAGAAAUUACAGGUCAGCCUCACAAAGAAGAACAUUUCUGAUAAGACUUCUACAACACCAAAUGUUGCAUAUGCUGCUUCUCCUUCCAGUGAAGCUCAAUCAAUGUCAACACUUGCUACUACAAAUGCUCAAAAAACUGAGAAUAGCGAGUUUACAAUGGCAAUCUCUGAAGAUGGGAGUGAAAGUGCUCAAGGGUAUCUUGACACUUCGAAAGCUCCGAAAUCUAAGGAGAGAAAGUUGAGUUCCAAGGAAGGAAUUAUCCUCCCACCAAGGGCUGAAGCAGAUUCAAUUCUUAGACCAAGCUCCAAGAAUACAAUUUUAUUGUCAUCGAAGCUUUCAAGUGACCAGCAAGCUCUAAAGCCUACAAGUAUUUUAGGAUUCCUGCAAAAGUCUGUCUCUGACUUAAAGCAAGGUAAUACUAAAAAGAAGGUAGAGAAAGUUGGUCUGAAGAGCUUUGAGGCUCUAAGCUUGACAACUAGCACCGGCGAAGUUGGAUCAAGUAUUCCUAACUUCACCUUAGGCUAAAUGUUUAGCCUGAUAGCCUCAGUGUGCUCUAAAGACCCCUCUACCUCUUUUUAGGAUUACUCUUGCCUUUCCAAGUGCUGUAUAGCAUUUCAGUAGCGCAAUCGAGUUACCAGCCUAAGGCAGGGUGGUAUAUUUUCAUCCUCUCUGUCUAGAACAUGUGGCUGGAAUAGAGUUGGGUCUCCCAGUGCAUUGGGGAUCAUUGAAAUAAUAGAAUCCUUAUAGUACCACAAUACUAUUAUUCAAUCAGUUAAAA